AAAACAAUCUAGAUUUUAAAGCCUUCAAUUACCAUUAAGAAAACAAAAUGAAGCAAAUUUUCUUGCUCUCAUUUCUAGUACUUUCCUCCAUCUUUUCAACCACCACUUUAGCUCAAUCACCAGCUUCAGCACCAACAGCACCAGCAAAACCAUCUCCUACAAAACCAGCACCUUCAACACCUGCUCCAGCACCUGCAAAACCAUUAGUCCCAGCAUUACCACAAUCCCCUACAACGAAUCCCGAUUCUUCAGGUAACCAAGACAUAAUCAAGAUUCUAAGAAAAGCCAAAUCAUUCAACACACUAAUCCGUUUACUCAAAACAACACAAAUCAUCAACCAAGUCAAUGCACAGCUAGUAACAACAAAAAACGGAGGCCUAACAAUUCUUGCACCAGACGACGGUGCAUUUUCACAGCUCAAAGCAGGUUACUUCAAUUCCUUGGGAGAGAGGCAACAAAAGGAACUGAUUCAGUAUCAUGUUCUUCCUGUUUAUGUAUCAAGCUCAAAUUUUGAUUCUCUCAGCAACCCCGUGUUAACACUCGCCAGCGAUAGUCCACAAGGGUUUCAGAUUAACGUGACAGCUUAUGGUAACAGUGUGAACAUUUCAACUGGUGUUCUUGAUGCAACCAUCAACGGAAUUGUUUACACUGAUAAAACACUUGCUAUAUAUCAUGUUGAUAAGGUUCUUAUUCCUUUGGAUUUUGUUAAACCUAAAGCUAUAGCUCCAGCACCAGCUCUUGCUAAGGCACCUAAAGCUGAUAAAGAGAAUUCAUCUGCAGACGACGAUGAUCAGGCUCAGGGAACAAAAGAUAGUUCUGAUUCCAUUAGUUUGAUUCACAUGCAUGGUGUAUCAGUGUUGGUUUCCCUUGGAGUUUCAUUGUUUGCAGCUGGAGUAACUACUAUGUUGUGAUGUUGAAGUUGAAGAACAUUCAUUUGAAAAGUUCUUUCUAUAUUUGAAAAGUGUUGUUUGUGACAAUGUGAACCAUUUUGUUCUGUUUUUUUUUUAUUUCGUCAUUAUAACUAUUUAAAUGAUUGUUUUAUUGUCUAAGAUAACAAAGAAUAUUUAAUUCCUGUGCAAUAA